AAUAGUACAAGAAGCUACACUUGGAUAUGAAUUUCAAUGCCAAACAUCGCGAUGACUAUUGACUUCUAUUACAUGAAAGGCUCGCCGCCUUGCGCUGUGGUGUCACUAAUAUUCGCAGAGGUGGGCAUAGAGUCUCAGGUCAACAGCCACUAUGUGAACAUUGAAGCCAAUGAACACUUAAAAGAAGAAUACUUAAAGAUAAACCCGCAGCACACAGCACCUACUAUCGUGGACGACGGCCUCGUCCUUGCCGAGUCUCGUGCCAUCGCUAAAUAUCUUGUGGCGAAGUAUGGCAACAAUAAAUAUUACCCACAGGACAUAAACACCCGCGCUUUAAUAGACCAGAGGCUGGACUUUGAUAUAGGGACACUUUACGCCAGACUCGGUGAUGUUUACUAUUCUUUAAUCCUUGGAUCGCCUAUGAAUGAGAACCAGUUGAAUAAACUUGAUGACGCUUUCAAUAUCCUCAACAAUACACUGGAAGGCAACAAAUAUGCUGUUGGAUCAGAACCCACGCUAGCUGAUAUCAGCCUGGCAGUCACUGUAUUAGUUUUUGAAGCCUUCAAAGUCAAUAUUAAGCGAUAUAAUAACAUCACCAGGUGGUUGACACUUGUGAGGUCAUCAGUGCCAAAAUUCGAUGAAAUCGUAUUGAACUAUGUGAAUGACUGCGCGCAGAUUGUUAGCAAAAGGGGAAAAUCAACAUAGACUUCUAAUUUAAUUUAAGUCCUGUGUAAUUUAUGAAAAUAAAACAUUAAAUUAAUUGAACUGA